AUGCCACAGAAGAUGCCAGUCGAGAUGUCCCAGAAGUCCACCAUCAAGAAGAGGGCGACGCCCUUGGAUUUUGGGUCAACUGCUGCUCCUACCCCAGCUCAGAAGCCUCUCAAGAAAAUGAAGAAGCAGCGUGCAACUCUAGCUCCAGAGGACAAGCCCGCCCCAACCCAGGACCAAGCAGCCAUGCAGCUUGCACCCAGGGACCAGCCUUCUCCAGCCUGGGAAUCUCCCGAAGAUGAGUCUCCUUCAGGCAGCGACGACCGUGAAGAGCCUCCUUCAGCUAUGGACGGCCCAGAAGUCCAGCUUCCUCCAGCCAGGCACCUGGUGACCAGCAGGAAGAAGACUCCGCCCUUGACGAUCCUCCCUCCCAGCUCUCCCAAACCACUGGCAAGCGCAGUUGCAAGUCCAAGAAGACCCGGAAGAACUUCCAACUGA